AGCAAAAAUAUGAAGACUUAUCUACUUCUCUUUAUCAUCGUCUCACUUCUCAUAUCAUUUUCCUCUGGCGAGCAAUGUGGUCGUCAAGCCGGAGGAGCACUCUGCCCCAACGGUCUUUGCUGCAGCGAGUUCGGAUGGUGCGGUAACACCGAAGCUUACUGUAAGGUUCCUGGCUGCCAAAGCCAGUGCACUCCCGGCGGUACUCCUCCUGGUCCCACAGGUGAUCUUUCGGGCAUCAUUUCAAGAUCUCAGUUCGAUGAUAUGCUUAAGCAUAGGAACGACGGUGCUUGCCCCGCUAGAGGUUUCUACACUUACGACGCCUUCCUCAACGCCGCUAAGUCCUUCCCUGGUUUUGGAACCACCGGAGACACCGCCACGAGAAAGAAGGAGAUCGCCGCCUUCUUUGGCCAGACUUCCCACGAAACCACCGGUGGAUGGCCCACAGCACCGGACGGACCAUAUUCAUGGGGCUACUGCUUCAAGCAAGAACAGAAUCCUUCCUCUGACUACUGUUCACCGAGCGCCACGUGGCCAUGCGCAUCUGGCAAACGCUACUACGGAAGGGGACCCAUGCAGCUGACGUGGAACUACAACUACGGACAGUGCGGGAGAGCCAUAGGAGCCGACUUACUCAACAACCCUGACCUUGUCUCCAACGACGCAGUGAUCGCUUUCAAAGCCGCGAUUUGGUUCUGGAUGACUCCCCAGUCUCCUAAACCGUCGUGCCACGCCGUGAUCGCCGGCCAGUGGCAGCCGUCAGAUGCAGACCGUGCCGCCGGGAGAUUACCGGGUUAUGGAGUGAUUACGAAUAUCAUUAACGGUGGAUUAGAGUGUGGACGUGGCCAAGACGCGAGAGUAGCGGAUCGGAUUGGGUUUUAUCAGAGGUACUGUAACAUCUUUGGAGUUAAUCCUGGAGGUAAUCUUGAUUGCUACAACCAAAGAUCCUUUGCUUCUGUUAAUUUCUUCCUCGACGCUGCUAUUUAA